AUGUACUUGCGGACCAUCGGAGCCUGUGUGACGUGCGUGACGGCGGCCGGGCGGUCGGUUUGCUAUCUCUCUUGCUGUGACGACGCGUCGGCAGUAGAAAAACAAGUUAGUCUCAUCGAUCGAGGACCUCCGAAGGUGUCCUAAGGUUAAUGUUAUCGGUUCGUCAGUCGCGUGAAGGGGCGUCGUGCUUUGCGGUGCGCUGGGGCGUGCAGUGGGCGCGGCGACGGCGCUAGCUGCAGCGAUGGCUGUCAGGCUUCUGUUGGGCUUUUCGCUACGCGCGCUCUGUGCAGCGGAGAGCUGCAGCGCGGCUGUUUUAGCGGCCCGCCGGCUUUGGCAGCUAGCGUCCCGUAAG